AUGGUGAAAGACUGGCAGCUGGAACUCCCCAACCUGCUCAUCUCUAUCCACGGAGGUCUGCAGAACUUUGAGCUGCAGCCCAAACUCAAACAGGUGUUAGGGAAGGGACUCAUCAAGGCUGCAGUCACCACCGGAGCAUGGAUCUUCACUGGUGGAGUCAGCACUGGUGGGUAACUUGUAUAGCAUGAUGAACUGCAUUACCCAUAAUGCUCUGUACAAGCUACCCUGACCCUUAACACCGGAGACUCACAUUAUAGUUCAGAACAGGAAUAAGACCCAGAUUCAAUCCAACACAGAUUAACGACCUGAGCACAGUGAUAGAUUUAGGCAACAUCCCAUAUAUUUAUAGAAAUCAAGUUCGCUCAAGCAGAAGUCACCUUUAAAGUCAAUUACCGUGUCCUUUGAAUCCUGGCCUGCUGCCUAAGUCUCACUCAAAUCCAACCUUCCAAUGGUGAUAGCUACAGUGGCUUGCGAAAGUUUUCACCCCCCCUUGCCAUUUUUCCUAUUUUGUUGCCUUACAACCUGGAAUUUAAAUGGAUUUUUGGGAGGUUUGUAUCAUUUGAUUUACACAACAUACCUACCACUUUGAAGAUGCAAAAUAUUUUUUAUUGUGAAACAAACAAGAAAUAAGACAAAAAAAACUGAAAAAUUGAGCGUGCAUAACUAUUCACUCCCCCCCAAAGUCAAUACUUUGUAGAGCCACCUUUUGCAGAAAUUACAGCUGCAAGUCUCUUGGGGUAUGUCUCUAUAAGCUUGGCACAUCUAGCCACUGGGAUUUUUGCCCUAUCUUCAAGGCAAAACUGCUCCAGCUCGUUCAAGUUGGAUGGGUUCCGCUGGUGUACAGCAAUCUUUAAGUCAUACCACAGAUUCUCAAUUGGAUUGAGGUCUGGGCUUUGACUAAGCCAUUCCAAGACAUUUAAAUGUUUCCCCUUAAAACACUAGAGUGUUGCUUUAGCAGUAUGCUUAGGGUCAUUGUCCUGCUGGAAGGUGAACCUCCGUCCCAGUCUCAAAUCUCUGGAAGACUGAAACAGGUUUCCCUCAAGAAUUUCCCUGUAUUUAGCGCCAUCCAUCAUUCCUUCAAUUCUGACCAGUUUCCCAGUCCCUGCAGAUGAAAAACAUCCCCACAGCAUGAUGAUGCCACCACCAUGCUUCACUGUGGGGAUUGUGUUCUCGGGGUGAUGAGAGGUGUUGCGUUUGCGCCAGACAUAGCGUUUUUCUUGAUGGCCAAAAAGCUCAAUUUUUGUCUCAUCUAACCAGAGUACCUUCUUCCAUAUGUUUGGGGGGUCUCCCACAUGCCUUCUGGUGAACACCAAAUGUGUUUGCUUAUUUUUUUCUUUAAGCAAUGGCUUUUUUUCUGGCCACUCUUCCGUAAAGCCCAGCUCUGUGGAGUGUACGGCUUAAAGUGGUCCUAUGGACAGAUACUCCAAUCUCCGCUGUGGAGCUUUGCAGCUCCUUCAGGGUUAUCUUUGGUCUCUUUGUUGCCUCUCUGAUUAAUGCCCUCCUUGCCUGGUCUGUGAGUUUUGGUGGGCGGCCCUCUCUUGGCAGGUUUGUUGUGGUGCCAUAUUCUUUCCAUUUUUUAAUAAUGGAUUUAAUGGUGCUCCGUGGGAUGUUCAAAGUUUCUGAUAUUUUUUUAUAACCCAACCCUGAUCUGUACUUCUCCACAACUUUGUCCCUGACCUGUUUGGAGAGCUCCUUGGUCUUCAUGGUGCCGCUUGCUUGGUGGUGCCCCUUGCUUAGUGGUGUUGCAAACUCUGGGGCCUUUCAGAACAGGUGUAUAUAUACUGAGAUCAUGUGACAGAUCAUGUGACACUUAGAUUGCACACAGGUGGACUUUAUUUAACUAAUUAUGUGACUUCUGAAGGUAAUUGGUUGCACCAGAUCUUAUUUAGGGGCUUCAUAGCAAAGGGGGUGAAUACAUAUGCACGCACCACUUUUCCGUUAUUUAUUUUUUAGAAUUCUUUGAAACAAUUUUUUUUCAUUUCACUUCACAAAUUUGGACUAUGUUGUGUUUGCCCAUCACAUGAAAUCCAAAUAAAAAUCAAGUUUUUUCACAGGUUCUAAUGCAACAAAAUUGGAAAAUAGCAAAAUAGGGCUCUGAUCAUCUCUCUAAACACAUGUCUCUGAUCAUCUCUCUAAAUACAUGUCUCUGAUCAUCUCUCUAAACACAUGUCUCUGAUCAUCUCUCUAAACACAUGUCUCUGAUCAUCUCUCUAAAUACAUGUCUCUGAUCAUCUCUCUAAACACAUGGCUCUGAUCAGAUCUCUAAAUACAUGGCUCUGAUCAUCUCUCUAAACACAUGGCUCUGAGCAGAUCUCUAAAUACAUGGCUCUGAUCAUCUCUCUAAAUACUUCUGGUUUCUCAUUCUGGUUCCGGACCCUGGUUCCUCAUUCUGGUUCAUCCUUCUGGUUCCUCAUUCUGGUUCCUCAUUCUGGUUCAUCCUUCUGGUUCCUCAUUCUGGUUCCUCAUUCUGGUUCUUCAUACUGGUUCAUCCUUCUGGUUCUUCAUUUGGUUUCCUAAUUCUGGUUCCUCACUCUUGUUCAUCCUUCUGGUUCAUUCUUCUGGUUCAUCCUUCUGGUUCCUCAUUCUAGUUCCGUACCCUGGUGCAUCCUUCUGGUUCAUCCUGGUUCAUCCUUCUAGUUCCUCAUUCUGGUUAAUCCUUCUCGUUCAUCCUUCUGGUUCAUCCUUCUGGUUAUGUCCCUUGGUUCUUCUUCUUCUUCUUCUUCUUCCCUAUAGGUGUGAUCCGUCACGUGGGGGAUGCCCUGAAGGACCACUCCUCUAAGUCCAGAGGGAAGGUGUGUGCCAUCGGCAUCGCUCCGUGGGGCAUCAUAGAGAACAAGGAGGACCUCAUCGGCAGGGAUGUAAGUGUUACUCAGUCCCCCUCUUAGCUCCACAAUCAGCCAUGAAUCAUUCACACCUUUCACUCCAUUACGUCACUACUCCAAGCACCAGUUGCUAUUUGAUGUAAAGCAUACCCUGGCCUAUAUCAUGAGAGAACGUGUUUUCCAGUUUGCUGUUUUGUGGGAUGUGUUGCUCAGUCAGUGAUAUUCCCUCCAGGUAACACGGCCAUACCAGACCAUGUCCAACCCGCUGUCCAAGCUGUCUGUCCUGAACAACAGCCACUCCCACUUCAUCCUGGCCGAUAACGGCACAACAGGGAAGUACGGAGCGGAGGUGAAGCUACGCCGCCAGCUGGAGAAACACAUCUCACUGCAGAAGAUCAACACACGUAAGUCAACCCAACCAUAGAGCACUCAGACAACAGCACACUAAGACAACACUACAGUCAGUAAACCAAACAGUACCAGUAGGUCAACCCAACCAUACAGAACUCAGACAACAGCACACUAAGACAACACUACAGUCAGUAAACCAUACAGUACCAGUAGGUCAACCCAACCAUACAGCAGACUUAUAUAGAGUUCAGUACAACACUAUAGACAACCAUCCAGCAAGUCAUAUACAGUAUACUGUUAACCUCUGGUUCCUCUCAAGGUCUCUUCCUUUCAGGGAGUUGGAUAUGUAUACUGUUAACCUCUACCAACUAGAGGAAGCCUCUACUGUGAGUCUGGUUCCUCUCAAGGUCUCUUCCUUUCAGGGAGUUGUUCCUGUCAAGGACGGGCAUAGGUGUGGUGUGGAAUCAAAUGCAGGAUGCAGAUGCAAGUCCAAAAUACUUUAAUAAAGUCCACAGAAAAAUAACGGCUACAGAACGAGCCGGAAGAACAAGGACAAAAUAUGCACUCCGCGUAAAAGUACAGCAAACGCACAACGUGCGGACUCUCUAAUAAACAAUAGAGCUUAAACUGACGGGCAACACCAGCUGACAUAGAACAACUAAACACAACCACAAGACAGAAACAACGAGAACUUAAAGGACACAUAAUCAAGACAACGAACGGUGGCAGCUAGUACUCCGGGGAUGACGACCGCCGAAGCCUGCCCGAACAAGGAGAAGGAGCAGCCUCGGCAGAAACCGUGACAGUUCCUUAGUUGCCACUGUGCCUCUGCUUGCUCUUUGGGACCUAGGCUGGGUUACUGUAAAGCUCUUUGGACCUAGGCUGGGUUACUGUAAAGCUCUUUGGGACCUAGGCUGGGUUCUGUAAAACUCUUGGGACCUAGGCUGGUUAUGUAAAGCUCUUGGGACCUAGGCUGGGUUUCUGUAAGCUUGUGGUCCUCUGUAGCUCAGCUGGUAGAAACACCCGGGGCUUGUAACGCCAAGGAGUGGGUUCGAUCCCGGGACCCCCCCUACACAAAAAAUGUAUGCACACAUGACUGUAAGUCGCUUUGGAUAAAAGCGUCUGCUAAAUGGCAUAUUAUUAUUAUUAUUAUUAUAAGCUCUUUGGGACCUAGGCUGGGUUACUGUAAAGCUCUUUGGGACCUAGGCUGGGUUACUGUAAAGCUCUUUGGGACCUAGGCUGGGUUACUGUAAAGCUCUUUGGGACCUAGGCUGGGUUACUGUAAAGCUCUUUGGGACCUAGGCUGGGUUACUGUAAAGCUCUUUGGGACCUAGGCUGGGUUACUGUAAAGCUCUUUGUGUUGACAUAAAAGGGCUUUAUAAAUCACAUUAGAUAGAUUGAUUGAGUCCUCUAAUGUUCAAAUUAAAAUGUAUUUGUCACAUGCGCCGAAUACCUUACAGUGAAAUGCUUACUUACAAGCCCUUAACUAACAAUGCAGUUCAAGAAAUAGAGUUAUGAAAAUAUUUACUAAAUAAACUAAAGUAAAAAAUCAAAUAAUAAGUAACACAAUAAAAUAACAAUACAGUACAGUACCGAGUCACUGUGCGGGGGUACAGGUACCGAGUCAACGUGCGGGGUACAGGUUAAUCCAGGUCAUUUGUACAUGUAGGUAUGGUAAAGUGACUAUGCAUAGAUAAUAAACAGCGAGUAGCUGUCCAGGUGGCCAUUUGAUGAAUUGUUAAGGAGCCUUUUGGUCCUAGACUUGGCGCUCCGGUACCGCUUGCCGUGCGGUAGCAGAGAGAACAGUCUAUGACUAGGGUGGCUGGAGUCUUUGGCAAUAUUUUGGUCCUUCCUCUGAAACUGCCUAGUGUGUAGGUCCUGGAUGUCAGGAAGCUUGGUCCCGGUGAUGUACUGGGACGUACGCACUACCCUCUGAUGCCGAGCAGUUACCAUACCUGGACCUCUGCAGCUCAGUUGGUAGAUCAUGGCGCUUGUAACGCCAGGGUAGUGGGUUCGAUCCCCGGGACCACCCAUACGUAAAAAUGUAUGCACAAAUGACUGUAAGUCGCUUUGGAUAAAAGCGUCUGCUAAAUGGCAUAUUAUAUCAUAUUAUACCAGGCGGUGAUGCAACCGUUCAGGAUGCUCUCGAUGGUGCAGCUGUAGAACUAUUUGAGGAUCUGGGGACACGUGCCAAAUAUUUUCAGUCUCCUGAGGGGGAAAACGUGUUGUCGUGCCCUCUUCACGACUGUCUUGGUGUGUUUGGACCAUGAUAGUUUGUUGGUGAUGUGGACACCAAGGAACUUGAAACUCUUGACCCACUCCACUACAGCCCCGUCGAUGUCCAUGGGGGUGUGUCCGGCCCUCCUUUUCCUGUAGUCCACGAUCAUCUCCUUUGUCUUGGUCACGUUGAGGGAGAGGAUGCUAUCCUGGCACCAAACUGCCAGGUCUCUGACCUCCUCCCUAUAGGCUGUCUCAUCGUUGUCUGUGAUCAGGCCUACCACUGUUGUGUCGUCAGCAAACUUAAUGAUGUUGUUAGAGUUGUGCUUGGCCAUGUAGUCAUGGGUGAACAGGGAGUACAGGAGGGGACUAAUAACGCACCCCUGAGGGUCCCUGUGUUGAGGAUCGUUGUGGCAGAUGUGUUGUUGCCUACCCUCACCACCUGGGGGCGCCACGUCAGGAAGUCCAGGAUCCAGUUGCAGAGGGAGGUGUUUAGUCCCAGGGUCCUUAGCUUAGUGAUGAGCUUUGAGGGCACUAUGGUGUUGAACGCUGAGCUGUAGUCAAUGAACAGCAUUCUCACAUAGGUGUUCCUUUUGUCCAGGUGGGAAAGGAAAGUGUGGAGUGCGAAUAUGCAUAACCUUGCUUCAGGUCCUGAGCUACAGGCAGUUAGAUUUGGGUAUGUCAUUGUAGGCGAAAAUGGAAAAAAAGGGUCCGAUCCUUAAGAGGUUAAAGAAAAAAUCUUUGUCCAGUUCGAGGUGAGUAAUCGCUGUUCUGAUGUCCAGAAGCAAUUUUUGGUAAUAAGAGACGGUAGCAGCAACAUUAUGUACAAAACUAAUUUACAGACAAUGCGAAAAAAAUAAUAUAAUAGCACAGUUGGUUAGGAGCCCGUAAAACGGCAGCCAUCCCCUCCGGUUCUGGAGCGUGUUGUUCUCUGUGACCUGUGGGUUUCCCUUUGUCAUCCUGUGCCUGGGGCUCAUGACAAGGCAGGGACAGCAAAGGGAUGCUCAGCUGUCACCUCUUACUGCAGCCAAACCAACACUGAUGGCCAAUGAAACAUUCCCUGACCAAGAUGGCCGUUCCCUGACCAAUGAACCAUUCCCUGACCAAGAUGGCCGUUCCCUGACCAAUGAACCAUUCCCUGACCAAGAUGGCCGUUCCCUGACCAAUGAACCAUUCCCUGACCAAGAUGGCCGUCCAGUAGUUAUGUUGCCGGGAUGCCAAUAUCCAUUCUUGUGUUGUAUGAAUGACACUUUUGAAUGACAUUUUAUUUUCGUGUUAAAUUGCCAGUUGGCAACCCAUCCCUUAUGGGAUUAAUUGACAAACAAACAAACAUUGCAAUAAUUCACUGUGAUAAUUCUAUUGUAUUUAAUUCUGUGUGUGUUACUGUGUGUUGCAGGCCUGGGCCAGGGGGUCCCGUUGGUGUGUCUGAUUGUAGAGGGAGGUCCUAAUGUCAUCUCCAUCACCCUGGAGAGUCUGAGGGAGGAACCCCCCGUCCCCGUGGUGGUCUGUGAUGGCAGCGGGAGGGCGUCGGACAUCAUGUCCUUCGCUCACAAAUACUGCGAGGAGGGAGGGUGAGGAUAGACCUGUCAAUCUACUGCUUCUUCUUCUGGUUUUUUUCUUCACUGAAUUCUUCUUCUUCUUCUUCUUCUACUAAAUCCUUCCCUCCUUCUAAAGUCUGAUAAAUGACGACGUGAGGGACCAGCUGCUGGUGACCAUCCAGAAGACCUUCAACUACAGUAAGGGCCAAUCACAACAGAUCCUGCUUAUGGUCAUGGAAUGCAUGAAGAAGAAGGAGCUG